UCCAAAGUUGCUAUUAUUUCACUUUACAUUUUACCUCCAUUGUCAGAUGUUUUACUCAUGAAUUAUGAUACGUGUAUUAGGAGGCCAUGGUAUACCCCUGCACCUGAAGGUUUGCUUAGGUUUGGACGAUUGCCGCCAAUGCAUCCGUAUAAUUUCCAACAACCGUCAAUGCGCUAUCAUGAAACAGGAGACCAAAUGAUGGAGAAUCAGCACUUUGCUGGUACUUCCCCACAUGAUUCGUUCUCAACACCACCACCGCCGCCGCACCCUAAAGCUGCAUCUCAGUCUGGUCCUGCCAAAGUGAAUUCAAAGUCUUCCAAAAGGAAAAGGAAGAUCAUCAAUAUUGAUGCUGAUGAGGAACCAAGCGAAAUGACCGCAUAUCGUCUGUCCUAUACACCCGAGAAACAUGAACGAUUGGCAAGUGCUUGGUUGGAGUGUUCUACUGAUCUCAUUGAUGGGAAUGGUAAGAAGAGUGAGAAGUUCUUAGCUGACACGUCUCGUAUGGAUGAUUCUGCAAAAGCUGGGUGGGCUAAAGCUUUGAAGAGUAUGGAAUCUACGCUAUUUCCUGAAGGAGAUUUAGGUGAUUCAGGGGAAUAGCAAUAGAGCAUACGAGAGCAUCCUACAUGAUGGUUUGCCUAAGAACCUGGUGUUUGUUACCUCGGUCAGAUAUGUUAAUUGUGUGAACCUGAUGGUUUGUUGUCUCGGUCAGUUACUUUUUUUUUGUACUGUGUGAACGUGAUGAUACUGUG